CUGGCUGUUGCCAGGUAACUGUGGGGCGGAGUUUAGACAAAAUGCUAACCCUGUGGAGACCCUUUUUGGCAUCUUGCUGUUGAGUUUUUUCUAGGGCCACAGAAAAUGAUGAUGCACAAAGUACCGAAGUUCUGCAUGUUUAGCUCCCAGGUCAUUAUACGGAUUGUUAACUUUUCCCAACUCUGUGUGGGAUUAAUUGGGAGCAAUCACGUGUUCGCACCAUAUUGCUUGCCUCCCUUAAUUAAGAGGCAUAACCCUGUGAUCUACUGAUGACAAAAGGGGCGGCGGCUCUUCAGUUACCAGCCAGCAGCCAAGGAAGGAAAGGGCUCAAAAAACAAUGCCUGAGAAGGAAAGCAACCACAGAGGGCAGGACCCCAGCCCAGUGUCUGCAGAGAGAGACCCUGGGCCCAGCUUCUCUCUCCCAGAGAGGACGGAUUCUCAGCCUUUAGCUCAAUCUCUGGGGUCGCUAUUUACUGCUUGACAAGAUCUGCCUAAGAAUGGAAAAUAUGUAUGUUAGGGAGAAUUAAAUAACACCCUGGUUAGUUUAAAACAACAAAAAAAAACAAACAAAACCCUCUCCAUUCAUGAUUACAUAUCUAUAUUUUUAAUUCUUCCAUUCAAAAAUAAAUUUUAAAAAUUAAAACAUUGUCUACAAUAUAAAUAUCUUCAAUGGUAAAGCUCUUUAAGAAUAAAUUUAUUUACUUUGUCCUUGUCAGGAAAGCUAGAAACGGGAGCGUGUGGUUCUGUGCCUCAAAAGACCCAUCACUUCCAUAAAUGAACGGGUCUGAUCAGAUUGCUACAGUGUUCAAAGGUUUAUUUUUGUGCAUCGGCUUAGCAAGCUAGGUGGUACAGAGAUGGGAAGGAAAGAGUAGGGACAAGAGAAAUAAAGAAGACAACAUUCCAGAAAACCUCCGAAGCAAGGAUUCUCAGAACAUUUUGAAACGCACCUGCCUGAAAGCGCUAACGGGGUGGUUCUCAACCUAUGGGUCGUGACCCCCGGGAAGUCACAUGACUUUUUCGCAAGGUUGUCUAAGACCGGCAUAUUUCUGAGCUCAUAGACAGCCUGGUCUACAAAGUGAGUUCCAGGACAGCCAGGGCUAUACAGAGAAACCCUGUCUCGAAAAACCAAAACCAAAACCAAACAAAACAAACAAACAAAAGACCAUAGCAAAACACAGAUAACUACACUAUGAUUUGUGACAGAAGCAAAAAAAGAGAGUUAUGAAGUAAUAAUGAACGGAAUCUUAGGGGAGAUCACCACAACAUGAGGCUCACAGGAAGGCUGGGAAUCACUGCACUGCUCUAAGGAUGGUCUGCUGCCCAGUGGCACAGGACUUCUAAGUGUCCCUGAGAUAUUCUCACUCUCUGUUUCCAGUGCCUUAGUAUAAGCUGCGAAUGUGGCACAUAUGACUUUUCCUUUCUGCCCUUGACUUCCACCUAGUAAUUCCUAUCAACCCUCAAGUGCACAAAGCCACUUCCUCCAGGAAGCCUCCCACCACCCAAUACACACACACACACACACACACACACACACACACACACUCACACUCACACACUCACACACACUCAUCGAUCUCUAGGCACUGUGUCAUUCACUACAAGUCAACUUGUCUGGGACUGGGUUGAAACUGUAGAUUCCAUGACAGUAAAGAACAUGUUUGUCUUGGUUUUAGAUGAGAAUUUUCUCUCAAUCUUGGUUCUAAGUAAAUAAUUGUCAAGCCCGUGAAUAAUGAACAAAUGAGCUAGGAAGUAUGAAUGAAGAAGAUUUGAAUAGAUUAAUAUUUUCUAAUGUAGUAUAGUUAGACUCUGAGAUUCCAAGCAGAGGUGGGGCUCUGAUGUUUAGGAGACAUUGGGAGACAUAAGCAGAGUUAACGCAGCUCAUUGGUUGCAGGACUUCUCGGAGCAUUUGAACUGCUAAAGAGCGUGAAAUCUCUAGGGUGAGGUGGGAAACUGGCAGGCCCAAUGAUGUCACCCAGAACCACUGAUCAGAGACUCCAUUUCUGCAACAGAACGUUUUAUAAGAUCAGUGUUCUAAGGAGCCUGCACUGGGGGAAACCACAGAAGAAAACAAAUAGGGGAACAGUCUUGACUGAUGGGAAGGUGGAUGGGGGGAAACAUUAAAACUAUAUAAAAUGUUAGGUCAACUUUAAUAGCAGAAAACUUAGCACAAAGCACAGAUGCCAUUCGAGAUGAGCAGGAGGAGUGUGCAGGGUCAGGAUGAGCCACCAGGGUCGAAUGAUUUGGAUGUUAUGUCACACUGAAGGAAUACAAGCUGUGAAAAGGCUGUCACACACUAGCUCGAUUAUAAAAAGAUGAUUCAUGUGGCAUUCUGGAAAAUAAAGAGGAAGGUUUUGCAGCUAGAAAGCCAACGAGGUUAUUGUGAUAGUUCUAGUGAGAGAGGCUUCAAGUGUAGACCAGAGAAAUGGCCACUGGUAUAAAAGAGGAAACUAGACAGAUGCAUUCGAGGGUCAGAAGCUCCUAUGGGAAAGAGUAAGGCCCAGAGAGAGCUUCAGACACAAGCCAAUGCUCAAGAUGUAAGUCAAUAGAGAAGAGAAAAGAAGAAAGCACCCCACAACCAACCAGCAGUUCACAACCACCUGUAACCCCAGCUGCAACAUUUCUGAGGAACUUGCUGGCCUCUAUAUGCCUACACACAUGUAUACACAUACACAUUCACACACACAAACACACACCAGCACACAAACACAUAAUAUGCACAUACCGGCACAUUCACAUACAAAUACUUACAUAACAACUCACAUACAUAUAAAUAUAUACACAAAAACAUAUGCAUAGCAACAUAUACACACACAAACACAUAUAAAUACCAACACAUACACAAACGCAUAUACACACACAAACAUAUAUAUAUAUAUAUAUAUAUAUAUAUAUAUAUAUAUAUAUACACCAACACAUACACACAUAAACACAUGCCCAUACACAGACACACACACACACACACACACACACACAUCUUAUACAUAUACAAAACAAGAUGAAUCUUUUAAAAUAUAAAGGCUACCCUUAUACCAGGGCUGUGUGAUGGCAUGACAGUUACUUGACACAACUCUGAAAACUUUAUGAGAACAGAAACCAUAUCCAUUUAAUUCAUGUCUGUAUGUCCAGGGCCUGCAUAUACAUGGUAAGUUGAAAAUAACCAGUGACUGACUGAGUAAAUGAAUAUACAUUCAACUGUGUGAGUGACCACUGAAAUGUGGGGCUAUUUCUGUUGGCCCAUUGAGAUGCUGAGCUCAGAACUGGUUGGCUCCCUUUCUUUAGUGAGAAAGGACUUGCUACCCUAAAACAGCAUGGCCACUCGGAGAUGGUGAGUCAGACUGUCAAGAAUGAGAGGAAAUGGAUGAAUUGGAGCAGGCAGCUCAGAUUUAUCAUAUUCUUUAAGACAAUCCGUCGAGACUGUGGCAUUUGCAUAAAAGUUGAGAAAUGCAGUGAUAAGGGACAUUAGAGGAUCAGGUAUCAGAACAGAGGGAAGUACAGCUAGGCAAAAACAAACAAAAACAAAAAACAAAAAACAAACAAACAAAAAAAGGAUGCUCUAAGACCUGGGUAGCAAAACCCUUUCUGGUGAUUGGAGUAUGGUGUGGAGAUGUGUCUCCUCUCUGUCUCUGUCUCCGUCUCUGUCUCUCUCUCCUUCUCUCUCCCUCUCCCUCUCUCUCUCUCUCUCUCUCUCUCUCUCUCUCUCUCUCUCUCUCUCUCUCUCUCUCUCUCUCUCCCUAGUUGUUAAGAUGCUACUAUUUGACAUAAUGAUUUGUGGUAAUCCUAAGACCUAAGCAUUAUUUAUUUUCCCCCUUAGGCGCAUAAGGCUAUCAGAGCACACACAGCUAAGGUGUUAGUGCUGGCCCUACAUGGUUCCAAGGCCUGAGCACUGGGCUAUGCUGCUUUCCCUGAGGACAGACAUGGGGAAGAUUAUAUUUCCACUUCACUUGAGUUCAUUAUCUAUAUUUGCUUGGUGUGCAUGUGCAGCUCCUGUCCUUGAUGUACUUGGAUAUUUCCUAACUAGUAUUAUAUGAAAUUUGGUUUCUGAACAGAUUUCACCUGGUUCCUCAUUGGCAUGCUAAGGCCCAAAACAUUCUGAAAUAAACUAGAACAGACUCAUUUGAGGACUAGAGCAGAAGUCUGAAAUAAUCAGGUGGCAGAAAUUACUGUAAGAAUGAGCUUAAGAAAAUAUAAAAGCUGACCCCGGUUUCUUUUUUUUUUUUUUUUUUUUUUUAAGAUUUAUUUAUUAUUUAAGUAAGUCCACUGUAGCUGUCUUCAGACACUCCAGAAGAGGGAGUCAGAUCUCGUUACGGAUGGUUGUGAGCCACCAUGUGGUUGCUGGGAUUUGAACUCCGGACCUUCGGAAGAGCAGUCGGGUGCUCUUACCUGCUGAGCCAUCUCACCAGCCCCCUGACCCCGGUUUCUAAACCCUAAACCAAAGAAUGAAAUACCCACCGGGUGUGGUGGCGCACGCCUUUAAUCCCAGCACUUGGGAGGCAGAGGCAGGUGGAUUUCUGAGAUCGAGGCCCAGCCUGGUCUAAAAAAGUGAGUUCCAGAACAGCCAGGGUUAUACAGAGGAACCCUGUCUCAAAAAAAAAAAAAAAAAAAAAAAAAAGAAAUACCCACAAAUGCCCUGCAAAACAUUUACUUCCCGAAGUAUUUGUAUCCCAAAGGCAGCAUCUUCCAGCAUAGAUACUGUUCUCAAAGUCUAGGUGCUCAAUGGAAAAGGAGACCAAGUAAAUUGCCCAAAGCACUAUGGUUAUCUGGGGAAGCAUCCUGGAGGAGGUAGCCUUCGGUAAUACCUUUAAAUUAAAGACAGCUUAGAUACAAACUAGACAAAAGGGUAUGUCAGUUGAAGAAGAUGUGCAACCAGGAAGGAGUGUGGAUGUAGUGACAAAGAUACUACUAUUUAAGAUUAUUUAAAUGCUAAUACAUUCACAUGCAAUUUUAAAGACUGUUUAAUAUUAAUGGUUUUUAAGCCAAAGUGGCUUGGUUGACAACUGUGUUAGCGCUUUUCCUCUUUGCUAUGACAUUGUACCCCAUGGUCGUGUGAGUCAGGAGUUGGGAAGGAUUUGGCUGAAUGGCUCUAGUUUCCAUGCGUCAUGAGGUUGCCGUUCAAGCAGCAACUAUUGAGCAGUAAGAAUGGAACAUAUGGAAUUCCUGUCUCUGGCCCCUUCCCACAGAGUAGAGCGGGCUUCCUCUUAGGAUGGCAGCCGCAAGCCAGUCAAGUGCCUGCAUGCUAGACAAAGCUGCCUGCCUACCUAUUAGGCUAGGUAAACAUGGAGUUGUAGCUCAAUAGCAGGGCAUAUGCUUAGUUUGCACAAGGCACGUGAGGUUUAUUUCCACCACCAAGCUGCAUUGCUUUCAUCUGGUUUUGUUUUGCGCAUAUAUAUUAUUCUUUGAGAAUUUCACAUCAUACAUUUUAAUUAUGUUCAGCCCCAUUUCUUCCCCAGCCCCUCCUAGGUCCAGCCCCCACCUCCCUACCCUCUCAGCUUCAUGGCUUCCUUUUUUUUUCUUUUCUUAUAACCAAUCAAGUCUACUUCUGCUACUAAUAUAUUCCUGGGUUUGGUGCAUUCUGCUGGAGUGUCGUCAGCCCAACAAGAGCCACCCUCUUCAAGUAUAGAGAAUAAGUGUCAAUAGAAUACUCGACACAACUGGGGCAUCUCUCUCCCUUCCCCUCCCCCUCCCCUCCCUCUCUCUCUCUGGGCCUCUCUCUCUCUGGGCCUCCCUCUCUCUGUGCCUCUCUCUCUCUCUCUCUCUCUCUCUCUCUCUCUCUCUCUCUCUCUCUCACACACACACACACACACACUCCAAGACUCAGGGACCAUUGCAGAAGAGGGGACAAAAUGUAAGAGCCAGACAUCAGGGAGGAGUGUCACUGUAUAUGACAGGACUACCAUAAUUAUGAACUCACAACAGAGAGGCUGCCUGCAGAGUCAACAUUCUUCAUAGAGCUUAAAGGGGUUCACAAGCCCCCACUUUUUUCUAACUGAGGAACUAUGGUCAAUUGGCUCCCGGGGGAAGGAGAGUUAGUUUUCAUGACAUUGCCUUGUAUAGUGAAGCUUCUUUUGUCCCUAGAAUUAACAAACUGAAACUGAAACGAUGCUAAAUGAUGCUGGGCCCAUUUAGAUUCAGAGGACACAUCAGACUCUGCCACUUGAUUGGAAAGCACCCAGCGACUAGAAUAUAUGGGAUAAGAGACAUGGUCUGUCAUGUCCACCUUUAGAAAACAUAACCUACAACAUGAAAAUUUCCUGGAAGACCCUCACAUGACAUUUAUCAUUUACUGGGGACGGCCAGUCAAUUUCCACCAAAUCACUCUACAAAAGGGGUCUUGUCUGCAUUUUAGAAAGAAGAAAAAGGAUGUUCAGAGCCACGCUGACUAGGGACAGUCAGCACCUGCUAUAUGCUGUGCCCUGGAGAUGCAUCAGGCCAGAUUUUCUCUUUCAUUCACUAAAACUGGGUUAAAUGACCGGCAUGAUCAGGUAGAAUGGCUUGAAUCCAAUCCCAGGACUGUCUAUUCUGCUCUCGUAGCCAUUUCUGACACCACUCACAUCCCUCUGGGGUCUUAGUCCUAUCUGGACCCAAGUCAUGACAUCAAUCCCAUGCGGUGCUUUGGAGCAAAUUAAAGGUAGCAACAACAACAGCCUCACCCUGUGGCAAACAGCCUUUUUCCAUUGCUCACCCCAAGCGAUUGCUGCCACUUGCAUUGCGCCGAGAUGACUGAAAGCAGUAUGAAAAAUGGCUUCUGAGAUUGGCCGUGGCACUGACUUGGCAGGGAACACUGUAAUAAUCACCUCUGGAUAGAUUAUUCUGGAGCCCUCAGAUCAGUUUCCUGUCAGGGGCUGCUUUCGUUCUGGGAAGUCUUAAGAAACAGCUCCCCUGUCUUCCAAACAAGAAGUCUCCAGUCUCAGACCUCUCUUAUUUAAGGAGUUGCAGACCUUCCACAAUGAAGCAAAACCAAACUAAUCUAAGGCUGAAAGCCUGGUAAACUUCAUAUGGCUUUGACAAGGAGAUCUCCAUGCAGAACAUCUUAUAGAGUUGCCUAAGAAUAGCAAGACACAAACAUCGACACUCAUUAAACUCGUAAUAAAUGAGAAGAGGGGAGGAAGAAAGAAAAGACUGGCAGAGAGAGGAGUCAGAAUGAAGAAGGAAGUCAGAAGGGAGAAAGAGAAAAGGGAAGGCAGGAAAGCAGAUGGUGGAUGGAUCUCAGUUUACCCACAUAGAAGAAUAGAAAGAAGAUGGGAGGGUGUAGGAGAAGAAAAGCUUGUACCACUAUGCCUCCCCACAGACUCCCUGACUCAAUCUCUGAUGCUCCAUGAUGACCUAGCAGCUCUUAGUCUUAAGAAAAAAAAUAUUUUCCAUGCAACAAUACAGUCACUAUCCUACCAAAAGUUCAUAGACCCACCCCCCCCCCAAAAAGAAUCUACUCUGUCUUUACUCCCUCAGCAGAGCCACAUGUUCAAGUCUGAGCCUGUCCUAGACUCCAGAGUGCCCAGAAAUUACAUUGGCAUCUUCUUGUGUUGGUAUCAAGCCUAUGGUACUGUCUAUGUAGGUCAAGACCUGUAGGUGUAAGAUUGAGAGCCGCUAGGUCAUCGUGAAGCAUCAGAGACUGAGUCAGGGAGUCUGGAGGAAGACCAGCUUCUCUUCUACAGGCUCCCAUCUUCUUUCUACUCUUUUAUGUGGGUAACCAGUCUUUCUACUGGUUAAAUUCCCAAUAAACUAGAACAGCAGUUCUCAACCUGUGGGGCGUGGACCCCUUUGGAAAACCCCUAUGUCCAAAACGUUUACAUUACAAGUCAUAACAGUAGCAAAUUUUCUACUCUGUGACACCAGUGUAUUUUCUAUUUAUUUUCCUUCGAGAAGGGUUUGUUAAGCCUUCAGCCAUGCACUGCCGCCGUUCAUGUAGCUUGGUUCCAUGUUGUGGAAACAAAAGGUAGAAAACAGUAAACAGAUGUGUAGCAGAAAACAACUUGUAGAACAUUCCAGAGCACAGUGAGUAGAAUGUGAGGCUCCUGGUGGUGGUGUUGGGGGGAUAAGAUCAUCUAAAACCCCUGGUUCUGAAAUAGAUUUUGUUUUGUUUUGCUUUGUUUUAACAGUUUUGGGUCCACAACAAAACUGAAGUCAAGGGGCAGUAUCUUUUGAUCUCCACAACACACAGCCUUCCACAUUGUCAGCAUCUGAAAGCUGUACUCAUUAUAACAGGUUAUCUUUCAACACCACACCCUGGUUCAGAACUCAUGUCAGGGUUAACACUUGGCGCUAUAUGUUCAAUGAGCUUCCACAAUUACAUCAUGAUAGCAAUGAAUGAGAGUUUUCCUUGCAUAUGGUCUUUCUUUGCAUAACCAGUCUUUCUAGUGGUUAAAGUGCCAGUAGACUAGCUAGAGCAGUAGUUCUCAACCUGUAGGUCCCAGACCCCCUUUGUCAAACCCUUAUCUACAAAAAUAUUACAUUACAAUUCAUAACAGCAGCAAAAUUUCAGUUAUGAGGUAGCAACAAAAAUAAUUUUAUGGUUGGGGGAAUCACUAUAACAUGAAGAACUACAUUAAAAUGUCCUGAGUGUCCCAGGUCACCAUGUAUCCACACCACACAAAGCACUAUCAAAGUGUGUCUUCUUUGCCCCGGCUAUCUGUGAAUUUGAAGACUUAAAUAAAAUGUAGAAACACUGAAAAUAUAAUAAAACCCACAUGCAUUAGUCUGUUGACAAAUAAGUUAGCAUGUGAAGAUGCAAUUCAUAUAUGUUGGAGCUGUGAUACUUUACCAGUUUUUAUGGAACAGUGGUCAUAUGAAUGACCUUAACUUGUUCAAAGAAAAUAAUUGAGUUCAAGAUGCCUUGUCUAUUAAAAAUUGGCCAUAAAUCAUCGUCUUACUGAUUCGUUGCCAUGGGAUUAAGUGCAAUGUACAAAAUGCCUAGGACAGGGUCUAACACUAAGUACUAAGAAUAUUGAUGUGUAGUCAUGAGAACAAUCAUGAUAAUGGUGCUGAUUUAUGGAUUAGGGGAAGGAACGGGGGAAGAUAUCUGAAUUCCUCAGGCAUAUAUUUGUCAUAUUGCUCAUGAAGAUGAUGUCAUGCUUCAAGGUGAACUCAAAGGCAACCUGUACAUGAGACCCGAAGAGGUCAUCAUCGUAUGAUUAUGGUACAUUGAGACGUGUUAUAAUGCAUCAGUUAUCCUUACACUGGGUCUUCCUGUGUAUCACGGGCUGACCCCAAGCGUGUAAUCCUCCUGUCUCCUCUGCUUGAGUGCUGGAAUUACAGGCAUCACCAUGCAUGGUUAUACUAGAUCUAUUUAUAAAAGUGGUGCGGUGACAUAGAUAGGAGAAUCAUAAGAGUAAAGAGCUACAGUCAAUAGCUGAACAACCCUUAGAAACGAACUGUAUUCAGCCAGACAUAGGCAUUGUAAGGAUGGAUAUUCCAGGCACAGAAAUCUGACUAUAAACAAAAUCAUGGAGACCAUGUCACAGGAAAAGACACAGACAAAACAGAACCAAGCAGUUGAAGCAAUGAGGCAAGAGAGAAAAUUCCCUGAAGCCAGUUAUAAUAAACCUUUAUAAUAAACCUCCAGUGUAUGACAUGUGGGGAUUUUAUCCAAAAGGGGAUGAUUUUCUAUUAAAGCCUUUAAGUCGAGAAGUUAUAUGAUGUAAUGCCUGAGUUUGAUGCAUAUGCACAGUGACGGCAGGGUAGAAAAUGAAUCUGAAGGGAGGAGGCAGAGCCUUGAAGACCAGGCUUGCAUACUUGGAGUGGCUUGGUUAUAGCCAAGACCCUGUGGCUUAGAAAGGUGGCUGGUAGCUUUGUUAAGACUGCAUGGUUUAUUUUAGGGGCUUCAGGAAAUGAACAGAGAGGAGAAAGAUACACAUGACAUGGGGUAAAAUGUGACACUGAGUAGUCUAUCUAGAACAGUAUAGAUGGCACAAAGAAGGAACUUUCUACAAACCCAAGAUUUAUUUGUUUUUUCAUUUAUGCUUCCCUGGUGACACGAACGAAGCUAAAUCUUUGGUAUUAUCACAAUUCCAAAUUUAUUUAAUAGUUUCCUGUUCUACUUAGAAGAUACUAAUUCAAUGAUGCUAUGGACUUAGAACCAAGUGAAUAUAAAAUCCUUUUCUAUUCAUUUAUUUUUGUUAUUGCACUUGUUCUAUUAUUCCAUUGUUUGUUACAUUUAUUAUAUGGGCACACAUGCCAGGGCACAUGUGUGGAGAUUAGGGGACAACUUGGGGGAGUCAGUUCCAGAGAUCAAACUCCGGGUGUCAGGCCAGCACCAAGUACCUUAGCCCAAUGAAUCAUCGUGCUGUCCACAAAUUCUUCCUGUAACGUUUCUAGGCAAUACAGACACAUGUAUUACCAAAGAAUGAAUUCUAACCCAACAAUGGCUACGUAUAAUCCAGGGUGAGGCUAUCUAAUGUGGUAAUCACUAGAUCUGAAUACAUGUGACUACUGAGGGCUUCGAAUGUGACUUUGACUAUUCCUGUGGUGUGAUAUAAACAUAAAAUACAAAUUAAAAGUCAGACAUAGAAAAAGGAAUACAUAAUAGUCUAUCAGUGUUUACUAAUUACAUGUUGAAAUCAUAUUUUGAAUAUAUUCUAAAGAUAAUUUCACUAUUUUUUUCUUUACGGUGGCUACUAUAAAUUUUAAGAUUAUGUAUAUGGUCCCUAUCCUAAUGAUUUCUAUUGAUGAAUGCUUAUCUACGAAAUUCAAAUUAUUCAGGUAAUCGAUGUAUGUUUUCCUAUUAUAAUUCCUUGCCCACUCACAGGUCCAGUCCCCUGAUUAUUUUCUAAUAUAUCCCAAUGUGUCCUCAUUGCUAUUAAGAAAGUAGUUACUCCGGCAGCUGUCACAACAGGCUGUACGGUAUUUACUACACCUGCAGGGUGAGACAUAAACACCAUUCUGUCAUUCCACUUAGAUUUUCCUCGCACAUAUCUGGUCUUUGCAAGUCAGAGCACGGAAGGCCUGAUGACUGCUAAUUCCUCACUGGCUUCUCUAAAGAGGGUAAUAGCAGUCCCUACCGGUUCACUUCAAAGGGUUGCACGGGUAGAUAGUUACCUUGGCAUUAGCAAAGGCAGCUCUAAAGGCACUCCACCCAUCUACUGACCACUUCUUUAGCGUUGGUCAUGGGCUCAGUUUCCCUUGGGAGACGUGGAUGGAGGGUCAAGGAGGGGAACUCAGAGGCUGCAGUUACUGACUAUUCCCAAAGAAAAGCGAGGAUCCUUUUCAAGUCCAGCCCAGAGCUUGCGGCAGGCAAGGCCCAGCUAACUUGGGAGCCUGGAGGGACCAGAGGCCACCCCUGCAUAAAAAUCAUCUUGGCAUCUUGUGAACUAGACCAACAGGCUGGGGUUUUGUAAAUCUGGUCAUUUUGCAAAGAGCCUCGCUACAUUCUCAGACAUUUCUCAGUGGCCCCUGGGCAUUAUUCAGCAAGACAAGGCAUAUGUAAAUCAGGUAAACUGGAACAGAAUGGAAUGGGGUGAAAGGUUAAGGUUUCACUUUCCAUACCAAGCUUGGAGCUUUUCCUUGGCCACCAUAUGUCUUUGAAGUGGUAGGGGAAGGGUGUAGACAGAUCAGGUUUGGGGUGAUGUAGGGUGGGAGGUGGCUGAAGACCCCUCAAGUCCAACUACCUUUUGACUCCUAGAAUUAAGUGAUGUGGCAACAGUAACAAACACUACAGCCUUUAGAAUUUGCGCAUGUGUUAUAAAGCUAUAUGAGACUUUUCAACUCUGGGUUCAGACACUUAUCUGAAACCGUUCAGUCCUUAAUCUCAAGAAAGCUACCGUCGUUACACCCUGAGAAAUCUCUUCUUGAACAGCAUUUAAGGGGUUCUGUGCCCAUGGCCGAAAAGGCUGUCCCCAAACGAAAAUUCCGGAAAAGGUUAAUUGUCAGAGUCUGAUGUUUUGAGUAUCUUUGAGGAUGUAGAUGAUGCGUGGGGGUUUGGGCUGGGGACCUAAGGUGAGGGAGCGUUGCUGUUGGAUCAGUUUAAUUAUACAAUGGAGCCAGGAGAGUCGGGUGAUGGGAUUGCUAAUUCCUUUUAGAAGGAACAAACUGCAUAUUAAAAAGCUCAACAAAUAUUCAAAAAAAAAGGAGGAAAAAAAAAAAAAAAACCAGCAGCUCAGGCGGUGACUGAGAGUUCCAGACUUCUCUAUGGUUGAGUCCUUGGGAUCCUCCCAAGCUGAGCCUGUGGAGCUGAGCUGCGGGGCGGCUGAGUCUCAAGACUCCCAGAGCUUGGGGCUGGUCAAGUGCAGGUCCAGGGUCUGGGUUGGAUCCCCAGGCUACUUUCUGUUUCACUUCGAGAUGUUCCUUGCUUCCCAAACCGGUGGCCUCCCAAUUCCAGUGAAAGGCUGGACUCCUUGGAGACCUCCGGCUCUGUGAAGCCGAGGAAGUGGAGAGGCUGGCAGCCAUGCGUUCCGACUCGCUGGUCCCAGGUACGCACACCCCGCCCAUCCGGAGGAGGAGUAAGUUUGCCAACCUGGGGAGGAUUUUCAAACCCUGGAAAUGGAGGAAGAAGAAAAGUGAAAAGUUCAAGCACACGUCAGCAGCUCUGGAAAGGAAGAUUUCGAUGAGGCAGAGCAGAGAGGAGCUGAUCAAGAGAGGGGUCUUGAAGGAGAUCUACGAUAAAGAUGGAGAACUCUCUAUAUCAAAUGAAGAUGACUCCCUGGAGAACGGACAGUCCCUGAGCUCCAGCCAACUCUCUUUGCCUGCUCUGUCGGAAAUGGAGCCUGUCCCAAUGCCCAGGGACCCAUGCUCAUAUGAGGUGCUCCAAGCUUCAGACAUUAUGGAUGGACCAGAUCCUGGCGCCCCUGUGAAAUUGCCUUGUCUGCCAGUGAAACUGUCGCCUCCGCUACCUCCAAAGAAAGUCCUGAUCUGUAUGCCUGUAGGGGGGCCAGAGCUCACUCUGGCAUCCUAUGCAGCCCAGAAGAGCAGCCAGCAGGCCGUGGCCCAGCACCACCACACCGUCCUACCAUCCCAGAUGCAGCACCAGCUGCAGUAUGGCAGUCACGGCCAGCAUCUCCCAUCCUCCACCGGCACCUUGCCCAUGCACCCCUCAGGCUGCAGGAUGAUCGACGAGCUGAACAAGACACUCGCCAUGACGAUGCAGAGGCUGGAAAGCUCCGAGCAACGAGUCCCCUGUUCCACGUCUUACCACAGUUCUGGUUUGCACUCAAGCGACGGCAUCACAAAAGCAGGACCCAUGGGCCUUCCGGAAAUAAGACAAGUGCCAACUGUUGUGAUUGAAUGUGAUGACAAUAAGGAAAAUGUGCCUCAUGAACCCGACUAUGAAGACUCGCCCUGCCUGUAUGGCCGGGAGGAGGAGGAAGAGGAGGAAGAUGAAGAUGAUGACGCCUCUUUGUACACCAGCUCACUGGCCAUGAAGGUGUGCAGGAAGGACUCCUUAGCCAUCAAACUCAGCAACAGGCCCUCUAAGCGAGAGCUAGAAGAAAAGAACAUCCUCCCCAGACAGACGGAUGAGGAACGGCUGGAGCUCAGACAGCAGAUUGGCACCAAGCUCACCAGGCGGCUGAGCCAGAGACCAACUGCAGAGGAACUGGAACAGAGGAACAUUUUGAAGCCUCGGAAUGAACAAGAAGAACAGGAGGAGAAGCGGGAAAUCAAGAGGAGGCUGACUCGCAAGCUCAGCCAAAGGCCCACAGUGGAAGAACUCCGGGAGAGGAAGAUCCUUAUCCGCUUCAGUGACUACGUGGAAGUGGCAGAUGCCCAAGACUAUGACCGAAGGGCAGACAAGCCAUGGACCCGCCUCACCGCUGCAGACAAAGCUGCCAUUCGGAAGGAACUCAAUGAGUUUAAAAGUACCGAGAUGGAAGUCCACGAGUUAAGUAGACACUUAACCAGGUUUCAUCGACCUUAACAGUGGGAUUACUCUUGAGUGCUCUGCUGUCUUCAAAACAUAAAUUUCUAAGAACCAUAAGUGCUGGCGUCUGUCCACUUCCCCGUUACCAUGUAAAUCCGAACUGCCUUUUUUUAAAAAAGAGAGAAAGAAAGAGAGAAAGAAAGAAAGAAAGAAAGAAAGAAAGAAAGAAAGAAAGAAAGAAAGAAAGGAAAAAGGAAGAAGAAAGGAAAGGAAACACAGCCAGGAUUCUGUGUGCAGGAACACCAUGGUGAGCACUCCUCAGCAUUGCUGGCACCACUUCUGCUACAGAAAGGUGACCCGGCCCCCCGAGACAGGGACCUACCUGAGGAUUGUCCAGAAACCGCCUUGUCCCCUCCAUCCAGACCCAGCAAGCACCACAUUGGUUCAGUCUUCGGUGAACCCCUUCCUCACAAGGGACUGUUGCCUGAGUCCAAAGAAGCCCAGGGCUUGACAUGGGAAUGGCUAGGGUGACAGUCAUAAUCCAACUGUCCUUCUAGACGUGGUCAGACACAUGGGCUCCAGAUGGGGCAUCUGCUUUGGGGGCCCUUGGGAAGGGGGUGACGACCUCUCAGUCUCCUCCACACAUACACAGGCACACCCACGCACGAACAUGUGCACACACAAACACACAUGCUUUCUCUUCAGAUUUGUCCUGGAGGAGCCUGUGUUGGCACUUCAGUCAUACCCAUGUGUGCUGUGGGCAUAGGAGGCUAAACCUGAGCGUCCACUUUGACCCCCAUCCCAAACUGAACUGCCUUCCAGAAGACUCUGGUAGGGAUAGUAGACAUCUGCUCAGUUCACAUUCAUUGACCAGUUUGUGUUCACAAAGCCCAGGGCAAUGGGUGAUCUAAUGCUUUAAUGCCCUUGCCAAGGUUCCCUGUGAUAUUCAUGAGUGUGAACUGACCAGGGAGCCAUCAACCCCAUGGGCCACAGUUUUCUUUGACCCUGUAGCACACCUGGGCCAGUGGUGAUGUGGCUUGGUAGUUGAUAGCUUCUGAGUACCAGUGUAUGGAGGCCAGUGCAGGGGACCAAUAUCCCACUGUCAUUCCAGAGCCUUCCACUCUUCUGUCUUUGCAACUGAAGAGUUUCUGCAGAGAGAUGCACAUCUCAGCAGGGCUAGCACUGGGUCAAACUUUGCUAGCCAUGACUACCUGUAGUGUCCCUUACUGCCCCACUUACCCAGAGAGACCCUGCUCUCUCUCUCUCUCUCUCUCUCUCUCUCUCAGAAUAUGCCUCCAGGCACCCUGUUGACAGGGCCCCCUAAAGGUUGAGUGUGUACUGAGGGAAGGGCACCCUAGAUCCUAAGGCGGUCUUCUACAGGGCUGUUUUUCUCCCUAACCAAGCUCACAGACCCUUGGGUGCAAGGUUUCUGCCGCAACCCCCGUGGUGUGCCCAGCUUUCGGAGUCACUACGGUGUCACUAAGUAACACACCUGGCAUUUAGAAAGAUGCCAGCUGGCUAGCCUGACCAACCACAAAGGAGUUAUCCCCUUGUCAAACUGGUUGGGACCAUGGUACUUUUAGGAUACAGCCGAAACAAGGCCAUUCAAUUCUCCGGAGCGUUAAUGGCUCCGUGACCAGUUGCUAACCCAGGAACCAGAGUUACAGGAAAGCUUAGAUUAGCCCUACAGGUAGCGCCAUGCAGCUGCUGCUAUCCUGGUACCGUCUGGAUGGGGCACACCUCUGUCCAGACCAAAGACAACACCAUGACUGGGUCUUUCUGUCAUCGCUGUCAUCAUCAUCAUCAUUAUUUGAAUGUCAAGAGAGGUAUUCAGGGGAAAUGUGGUGGGGAUUUUAACAUGGCUGUAAAUAUGGUCUUCCCAAAAGGCUUACUGACUUUUGAAUGUGUACAUGGUAGGAGGAAAGAUGCAGAAAUCUUUCCUUGACCUUCCCUAGGGUGAAGGAUAGGCACAUGUUCUAGGUGGAGGUCCCUGCCCUGCAGGCCUGAGGUCUGAACUUCCUCUAAUUAGCAGCUGUGCUGCAGGCUGCUGAGGUGGCCUGGCCUGACAGGCCUUCCCCAACCAGGAAGAGUCCUAAAGAACUCCUCCCACAAAAGCCCAUGGCUUCCCCACCGGCCUUGGUUCUAGGGCCCUUCUGAUUGCCUGGGAACAGAAAUCCCAAACUCACCUCCGUCUCUGCUGCCAGCCAGCAGCCUUCCUUGUUCCCUGCCAGCUUGCCCUGAGAUGGCCCACCUCUUUACAUAUGGAAGAAACUGGACAGGAUGCCCACAUGGCUUCCUUCGGGGUACCCUUUUGCAGAAGUCACUUGCUCAGAGUUAGGGGUGUGCCUCUCAUGCUCCUAAAAGGUUACCACCUUUGGGGCUGGGCUAUCUCAAGGCCACGAUAAGUGGUUCUUAGCCAGGCUCAGCAGCCUCCCCAGCUGUAGGAUGGGACUUCUGCUCUCCUGAAAACCUGGGCUCAGGCUUCAGGGAGCUGUAACUACACACUUCCCCCACUUUGUGAGGACAACUGAAGUGACUUGAGUAGUUUCCAAAGUUGACAAUUUGACAUUAAUUAGGGGGAAAUAGAAGGCAAGGGAGUUGGCUUGAGACAUCCCUUUCUGGAAAAGCUGCAGUUUUCAAGUGAGUUCAUCUUGAGCCUAGACAGUCCCAUCUGAGUACCAUGGAGUUCGGGUUAGCAAGAAAGGAGAAAACUAAAUGUGUCAGAUCUUACGUUUUUUUUUUUUCUCUCAAAAUCAGGCACUGCUGGACCCCCACCCCCAUCCCUGUCCGCUUCCCCGACAGAAGAGCCUGCCAUAAAUAAACUGGCUCUUCCAAAAUCCUGAUCACUUCAUUCCCCAGACCCCUUCAAGGCCCUGCCAGGUUUUUAGAACGGGAGCCUUUCUGCCCGUAGAGAAACCAAACGACUCCAGGGUCAGUGUGAGGAGAUACUCCUAGUUUCUUUUUCUCCUGCUUAUGAACAUGUAUGCGUACUUUUGGAAUGAGCAUCGUGAUGUGUCACUCCGAUGAAUGGGAUCCCAGGUUCUCCCUGCGCACGGCCAGUGGGCAGGUGUCACCUUUGGUGACUUCUUCCUCCCAUGAGUCUCUAAGUAGGUUGCUUUCUCCAAUUGCUUCCUGGUGUCUGUACAUAGUUCGUCUUUGUAUAGGAGUGAUUGUGGUGACCGUCGCUCCCGCGCCCUCCCGGGUUCUAACUUAACAGAUGACGGCCGUAUGAAGAAGAUACUGUACAUAGACUAUAAAUGAAACUGGAUCUCUGUGGCCUAGGUUUUGUAUAUACAGAAACUGCAUGGUAUUUAAAUUAUUGUUUCUCUCUGAUGAUGUAUGCAGUUUCUUUAAAAACAAACCAAAAAAAAAAAGUUUAAAAAAAAAAAAAA